AUGGCUGACUCAAGCUUGAGGAUUGAUGAGGUAUCAUGCUCAUGGUUUACUAAUGUUGAUGACGUCACCAUUCCACCUUGGGUGACCACUACAACUGAGGCAUCUAGAUCAUUGGAACCUGUAGACUUGGACGUACAGCUACCUCGAUCCAUUAAGCCGCUCCAUUAUGUGGUCAAACUUCAACCCUUCAUCAAUGGCAACUUCAGCAUCGUCGGCUACAUGGAGGUGGAGAUGGAGGUUCUGGAACCCACUUCCAACAUCACUCUCCACAUAUCGGAUAUCAUCACUAAAAAUGACACCGUAAAGAUCAAACAACAUCCCGAGGCUUGA